AUGGAUGCCCAGCGCCAAUUUCCAGAUGUUCACUGGAUCUGGGCAGGAGGCAUCUCCUUCGCCUAUGAGGUUCACCCUCGCAUUGUGGUCAAGGUCGCAAAGUCUGGAGAGUUCGAGAGAGGUCAAUUUCGUAAAGAACUCAAGGUCUAUGAGAUUUUCUCACAACACACACCCUGUCUAUCCGUUGUGCAGUGCUUUUUUUACUCAGAUAAUGGCAUCACCCUCGAGUCCAUGAGAGGUGGGAUCUUGACUGGCAGUUAUAGACCAACAUACUACCUUAAGAUGGUUACCAAAGUAGAGAAAUUAGAACUUCUUGCCCUGCGAAGGGAAUGGAUGAACGACCUUGCUCGGGCCGUCGCUCUCCUCGAAUCGCUCAACCUCGCUCAUGGCGACCUGCAACCUGAAAAUAUCCUUCUUGAUCGCGAUCGGGUGAAGCUGUCUGACUUUGAUUGUACGGCGGAGAUCGGGACAGAUUUCGAAGCUUGCAUGGCACCCUAUGGACGAAUACUCAACGUCAACGAGACUGACCAAGGAGGACGUGGAACACCCAGCUCCGUGGGUCCUCGUACAGAGCAGUUCGCUCUCGGUUCCCUAUACAAUUUGAUAAACUAUGGCUUCGAAGUUUACGGUGAUCGACGUCUUACUGAGGAUCCUCGGGAGCAUGGACCUAAGGUGGUGGACUUGCUGCAGGAUAUGGAAUAUCCCAAACUGAAUGGUGAUCCACUGAUUGACGAUAUCACCGACAAGUGCUGGCAUAACAAAUACGCCACGGUUGCAGAAUUGGCCGCGCACACUAAGAGGUUUCUUGUUGAGGGAACCAACAGCGAGUCAACAUUCGUCCGAUGGCGUACGGCGAUAGGUCGCAUUGUUCAAGAAUUUUGGUGCGGCCUUGAGAAUUGGCUGACCCUGGUGCGACCGAGCACCAUCAAUCAGGACGGCAGCAAACUCCGACUUGGUCAAUGGCAGAGAGCCAAAUGGCGACAGUCGUGA